CAUCAAAGAGCGAACGCGCAGGAGUCAGAGGAACAUCGGAGUCCUCUCUCGUCUCUAAGACACAGGAAGAUGUGUUCUCCGCGACUUGUACACGUCUGGGGAAUCACUUAGAGAUGGCAGGACCCAGACCACGGCACACGCUCGCUGAGUGCCCGUGGUCAAAGAUGGGGACGAGUACAGCGGUUCCGCGGAUGGGGAUGCGUCUUCUUCAGACCAUGCUGGUCAUGGCUGUGUUCGGCAAACUUAUGGUCGGUGCAGCAGCGGUUCCUGCAAGGAUCCGGAUUGGUGGAAUAUUUACCCACGAGAACAAGAUUGAAGAAGAGGCCUUUAAGUUUGCUGUGAUGUAUGUAAAUGAGAUGAUGCCUGAACUGCUGCCGAGAACCCGGAUUGACUACAUUAUCAAUAGAACCAUGCUGCUGCCAGAAUUCGUUGGCAUACAAGCAGUUUGUCACCAGGCUCGCUCCGGAGUGGUCGCCAUUAUCGGACCGGGAACCUCUUCCGGGGUUAAGUUCAGCAACGCCGUGUGUUCCGGUCUGCACAUCCCGCACAUCGCACCCAUUGCGACGGACCCCACCCUUGCCAACCCAGAGUUUUUCCCGUAUCUACUCCGAAUGUCUGCCCCGGACUCGGUGCAGAGUCGGGCUCUCGUGGACUUGGUGACGUAUUUCGGGUGGACACACAUGGCAAUACUCACUUCUAGCGACGAUUAUGGUAUCCAUGGCUUAGUGGAAUUUCAAGCUAUUGCAGCCAGGAAGAAGUGGGGCAUUGUGAGUGUCCAGCAGUUCCAGACCGGAAAUGACGUCAAAUCCGUCAACGCUACGUCACAACUGAAACACAUAGUCGGAACAGGUGUCCGCGUGGUUAUUCUGAACUGCCUGGCCCAGCAUGCCACGCGCGUGUUACAGCAGGCAGAGCAUCUCGGGAUGACCCGCCGAGGCUGGGCCUGGGUCGUCACGGAUGGCGUCACUACCAAGAACACCACAUACCUGACAUCACCGGUGCCCAGCUAUCUCCAGGGCCUGAUCGGCACGGACCCGGACAUCGCGCAGGGCACACUGCUCAGGGAGGUCCGGCAGGUGUGGGAGAACGCUGAUCGGGGCCGGUUUCCACAUGCGGGGCAAUUCGAGGUGGAGUCCAACUUCGGUCAGUUCUUCGAUGCGGUGCUAGCUAUCGCGCAUGCUCUGGACAACAUAUUCCGGGACGGACACCACAUAGAGGAGGAGAAGCUGGACUGCUGUGAGGAGAAGCGACCCUGGAAGUACGGCAAACUGGUGUUGGAAUAUCUCAAAAAGGUAGAAGAGGACGGAGUGAUGCGGCGGCUGCGGUUCUCCGGACACGGACAUCCGAACAACCCGAGCUACGGGAUCAUGAACCUGCUGUGCAGUGGCUGGAAGAAGGUUGGCAGUUGGAGCGAGGACACGAGGCUGAUCAUGCACAACCCGCCCGUACGGUUCAUGGGCGGGGCGGACAGUGUGGUGGAUUACGUCAGCGAUCUGAUGAACAGGACCCUGAGGGUCGUGACGAUAGAAGAACCCCCCUUCAUCUUCUACAGCGAGAAGGACGAGCACGGGCGGCCAAGAAAUGGGAACGACAGAUUUUAUGGGUUUUGUAAGGAUAUGCUGGAACACUUCAGUAAACACCUGGGGUUUAAGUACGAGAUGUACAUGGUGGAGGAUAAGAACUUCGGUGCGAGGGAUCCGGUCACAGGGAAGUGGAACGGGAUGGUGCGAGACCUUGUCGUUAAGAAAGCUGACGUCGCGGCUGCAUCGUUCACCAUCAGCUACGAGCGGGAGCAGGACAUCGACUUCACCAAACCGUACAUCGACAUCGGGCUGACGUUCGUGCUCAGUAACCAGAUAGAGAAGGAGGAUCGUCCGUUCAAGUUCUUAGACGUCUUCGAACCCAAUCUGUGGCUCUUCAUUCUCCUAAGCACGCUGGCGGUCUCCUUCUUCAUCUCGUUGGUGAACAAGUUGAGUCCGUCAGGCUACCAUGGACACUUCGUCCAGGAGGAAGAGCCGACCUUGUUAGCAGAGGAAGAAAAACCGGCAGAGAUAAAAGAGAAGAAAAAGGAAAUGAUCGGGAUGAUGAGUCUGAACAACGCUCUGUACUUUGCCGUGGCCUCUCUGCUAUUCCAAGGAGGCGACAUUUUGCCAAAGAGCGGACCAGGUCGGAUCACUGCAUCCCUGUGGUGGCUGGUGACAGUCAUCAUUGUCGCCACGUACACGGCUAACCUGGCGGCCUUUCUCACCGUCUCCCGGAUGGACACGGACAUCAACUCUGUAGAGGAUCUCGUAUCUCAGAAACUCGUCCAGUAUGGGACGGUACAAAACAGUCAGCCCCUAUCGUUCUUUGAGUCAUCCAGUAUCCACACAUUCGAGACCAUGGCUCGCUACAUGAAGGUUCACAGCACUCUGACAAUGAGCUCACGAGACGGCAUAGAAAAAGCGCGUGAGGAGAGGUACGCGUUUAUCUGGGACAGCGCCGUGCUGGACUAUGUCGUCAAACAGCCUCCUUGUAACCUCCGCACAGUCGGCCGUCUGUUCGGGAAGAUCGGCUUCGGAUUCGGCCUCCAGAAAGGUUCCGCCUACACCGAUGCCUUCUCCAUCGCUAUCCUACAAGCCAGAGAGUCAGGGUAUUUGGAUAAGUUGAAAGAAAAAUGGUACACUGGGGAGUGUCACGACCAGAACUCGGCCACGACGGUGACCAAUGACAAGAUGGACGUGUCCAAGCUGCUGGGGGUGUUCUACAUCAUCUAUGUUGGGAUGGCGGUCAGCGUGGUGGUGCUGAUCGUGGAGUGGGUGGUCGCGUGUAUGAUGGCGGUGGACCAAACUGACCCAGAGGCUCCCAAGACCUUUCUCGAGGCCUUCAGAAGACGCCUGACGAUCUUAGAGCGCGACAUCGAGGAGAACUGGUUCCCGACCCUCGCCAAGCGGCGGAGGAAACAACAAGAACAGAAGAACAACGUCAAGAAGAGAUCCUUCAGUCGAAGCUCCUCAAAAUCCGGCGACUUUAAGAACUCGCGCUCUGCCGGGAGUCUCAAGAUCAACGGGAACUUGCCAGAUACUGUAAUAGACACCAGUACUAAGGUUUAGACAAAUUGUGCGAAAUUGGGAGCUUUUUUUUUGAUACAGCAAUGGUAUAUACUGUAUUCGAACGAAUUGACAUUGUAAAGGCAUUUUACACUAUUUCCGUAUACAAAGUAAUGCCCUACCAACAAGCUUUUAAUUGGUCUUCUGACAAGAAAAAAAAAACCGCAUAUAUGAGAACCCAUCAAGCAUCCCUAUACCGAGACGGGGGCCGAUACCUACAACCGGAACCUUUGACCCAUUGCUGACGUCACAGGUUAUUCCGUUAAGGUCACGUGACAUAGAAUUUUGGUCAUUCCAGCUUGAAAGGAUUCAGAGGACUGGUCGAAAUCUUGUUGGUGAUUGUUUUACUUUGUGUACGAAAAUGGUGUAUAAAAAAUCUUUAUAAUGGUAUACAGGUAAUGGGUGGUCUUUCCCCUGCAAUUUUGAUAACUUCAUUGCAGUAGUUUUGGCAAGGGUAGCGAAGAUUAUAUCUAAAUUAGAUCUUGAAUGUACAUGUACGAGAUAAACUUGAUACAUAUAUGGCUCGUCGUUUCUGUAGUCAUACAAAGUUAUAGGAAGAAUAUCUUAAAAUUUAAGGUAUUGUGGUCUAUAUUCUGCAUCAGAUACUGCGAAGCGUAGGACAUUUUGCCGUUUUU